CUAACUAGCUGUGCAGUGUGUAACGCAGACAGAUAGCGAGACAUGACUUCUGUCAUGGCGGCGUCCAGACUGGAGAUCAACUUUGUGCGGCUGCUGGCGGAGAGCGAGAGCAGAGCGGGGGAGAAGAGAGACCGAGACCGGGGCCAGGAGAGCUGGAGACUCGAACAGUAUGUUGCUGCUCUGGAAGAGAUGCUAGUGGCUCUAAAGAAGAGUCCAAGCAAACCCUCUGCAGAGAUGUUAACGGACUACACUCGUAAAGUGGACUUCCUCAAAGGCCUUAUAGAGGCAGAGAAACUGUCUUCAGCAACAGAGAAAGCUUUAGCUAAUCAGUUUCUGGCCCCUGGCCGGACGCCUACAAUCGCCACAGAGCGGAUGCCGGCCUCUAAGACUGUCCACAUGCAGAGUAAAGCGCGGUGCACAGGGGAGAUGCGCUCAGAGCUGUUGGGCAUUGCGUCCUCAAGUACUGGUUCAUCUGACACAGAACUCAGACACAGAAGUCGGAGUGUUCCUGUAGAUGAGGGGCAGAGUGCAGCAGAGCUGGAUGCAGUGCUUCAGCAUCACAACAACCUGCAGGAGAAACUGGCAGAAGACAUGCUGAACCUCGCACGCAACCUCAAAAACAACACCCUCGCUGCCCAGAACAUCAUCAAACAGGACAACCAGACUCUGACUCAGUCGAUGAGGCAGGCCGACAUGAACUUCGAGAAGCUGAAGUUGGAGUCGGAGCGUCUGGAGCAGCACGCCAAAAAAUCUGUCAACUGGUUUUUCUGGCUGAUGCUGAUUUUAGUCUCCUUUACCUUCAUCAGCAUGAUUCUGUUCAUACGGCUUUUCCCCAGACUUAGAUGAUGCAGCAUAUUUGUGUGUGUGUGUGUUUUUUGCACGAGUCAUAUCCGACUCAAACAGUAGGUUUAACAUGCAGGCGCCUCUGAAGGAUUAGACUGGUUGGAAAUGGGGCUGAAUGAUUUGGACUGAAACCACAUAUUGCUAUUAUCUCACUACACUUUACAGUUAUUAUAAAAAAAAAAGUUAAAGAUUGGCCUGCGUUGUUCUGACUGAAAGUAUCCACUUUUGUUGGAGCACAUGAACACCGCAAAGCUCUUUGGGAGCUGUGAUUGGUCAGAUUGCUCACAGCACAUAAUAAAACACUGUGAUUGGUUAGAGGGCUCAUUUACAAAAUGCAGUAUUGUAAAAACUCAUAACUCAUCACUGUUAUGAAAAGCCUUGUAUAUCUGUAAUUACGGGAAAAUGUUCAAAUAUAUAGUAUGUGUCAUACAAAAACCUUGUAUCUCCAAAAUGUCGAAAAAUCUUUUUAAAUUUGAAUGGAUGUCAGUGUACAGUA